AUGUUAAUCAUAUUUUUUGGUAUAUGCAGACUCAUUGAAGAUCAACAAAACAUUUUAACUGUCGUGCAUGAACUUCCAGAUGACAUAUCAAUGUUUUCGGAUACUCUGAUUGUAACAGAACUACUUCUAACAUUGAUUGAUUUUACUCCUGCACAAUGUUCUUUCAGAACUGAGACUAGGCAAAAACUUAAAAAGAACAGAGAAGAAGCUGAAAAAGUAAUACAAAAAAAUUUAACACUUGAAAGACAAGAGGAAAUUCAGCAGAAAAAGGCUGAUAAGAAACGUGCUGAAGCUGAACGUAUAGCUAAAUUAUCUCCUGAAGAACAACGAAAG